AUACAGUUUACUAACCGGCUUUAAGAUAAUGGAAAAACGGAAGGUUAAAGCUAAUUUGGCCAAACCGAAAACUAUAUUUAAGUUGCCGAGCAUAACUAAUGAUGAUAGGAAAAAACGAAUUGCGGCACGAACAAUGCAACUUCAUCAAACAACGCCCAUCAAUAUUGAGGAGCUUAUCGAGAAAAAGAUUAGGAAGUUACGAGACAACAGUUUUAUUUUUCUUACUUAUGCUUUUCCUAGAAGUAGUGAACACUUUGGAGCAUAUAAAUUCUUGGAGGUUCCAUUUUCCAAGGUCGAUAAGCACGAGUACUUCACCGUCAGUCGGCAUGGUGUCACAUACUGGAGCGAUGCAGAGAAUCACUUCAGUCCACUAGACGCUUGGUUAGUGGACUACGCAAAGUAUAAAACACUGUCGAAGCUUAAUUUCUUCCGAUAUUAUCGCUAUGCAAAAGCUUUUCGGCAGUGGCGCCAAAAUAUAAAAUGGGAAAAGUAUGAAAGUGCGCGGCAAACGCUGUCUUCCAGUCUGUUUCUAGUGAUGCCGCGGCUGGCGCAAGCACUGCUGUACAUGCGGGAGCAGUACAUGCAAUUGGUACAUUUUCGUUAUUUUGAUGUAUCAGUAACGGAAAACUGGCACUUGCCGUACUUUGUGGAGACCCAAAUGGCCACUUUCGAACAGGUUCGCGAUCUGCUGAUUAAACUAAACAAGAAAUUGAGAGAAGUGCUAUUUGUUGCAUGCUCCAACACUCUCGUGGAUCGAGGAUAUUCACCGCACGAUGAAGCACUAAAUUGUCCUAACAAAAAGAAAAUGAAAGAUGUUAUGAGUUUUACAGAACGAGCAAACAAACGAAAACUGUGCGCACUUUUGGCAAGGUUUUUAGGAUACGUUGAUCACAUGAUGAUAAAUUUGUUGCAUCAAAUCCUGAGCGAAUCAUUUCGUAAUUUAUCGAACGUCUUCAACCGCUACAACACUGACAAGCUAAAUGAAAAUCCUCCUUUCAUGAAUGUUGAGUUGCUUCUGAAAUCGACCGGUAUUGCCGUCGAUCCUUCGAGAGAAAUUGCUGUUUCAUUCCUGCAUCAAAUGUGCACUAUGGUGGACGAAUCUGCUAGAAGUAUUGAGAGGUUUCAAAGUGAUCCACAUUUUACACUAUUUACCGAGCCAGUCAUCAUGGGACGUCAAGAAGAUCGUUUGUGUGGAAAUCCUCCUAGUUUUGACUUCAUAAUAGAACAUGACUACGAGCUGCUUGAGAAUAUGAAAUCCAUCAACGUCAAUAUCAACAAAGCAUUCGAUUUGGUUGAUCAAUACAUACUACAGUUCGAUAAGGUCAGAGAUAACUUCCAAGAGGCACUAUUGAUGGACCGAAACAUAAUUCGAAAUGAAACUAAUUUGAGCAAACUGCAGGUUUUCUGUGAGCGCUAUAAUACCGAAAUGGCCGCGUUGGAGAACAUACAGGAGUCUCAACAUUUGGGAUUAUUGCAAGUCAAACAAGCAACAUUUCGUGAAGAGAUUAUUCCUGUGUGUCAAGAUUUAUUAUCAGUACUUGACGAGACUUUACCAAAACUUGCUUUGGAAAAAAUUAACUACGUCGAACAAAAAGGAGAAGAAAUUUCGACUAAACUUUUAAUAAUUCCCGAAGAGACGAACCACUACAUUUAUUAUUUUAACUUUCUUGAAAUGUGCCACGAGCACGUUGAGAACUUGGAAAAAGAGUUAAACUAUGCUUAUGAGGCUUUAAAAAUAAUGAAAAUUCACAGAGUGCCUUUUAGAGACGAAGAUAAGGAUAAAUAUUUAGAUAUGGAAGAGUUGGUGGUGCACAUAACGGACAUUAUGAACACGAAGCGUAGCCAGAAACAAGAUUUGAUCAACAAAUUCGACCUUUGUCUCCAGACAGAUAUAGCAAAAAUCUUCUCCGAGGUCGAAGAGAUCAGCGAACAAGUCCUCCAGGAAUGGCUGUUGGAUGCCAAUUCAGAUCCGGCUCAGGUUCGCGACUUUUUGAUAGAUCUUUCGGAGCGCCUUAACUCGUGCUAUCGCAAAGCGCAAGAAUACAAAAAGUAUCAAAAAGAAUUCCGGCUGGAAGUGUCCCGAUUUGAUAAACUAACAAUCGUGAUCAAUGAAGUAAAGCUGCGACAGACUCUUUGGGACAGCGUUCAGCAGUGGAAAGACAGUGUAGAGCUAUGGAAUGAGAUAAAAUUUUUCGAAUUGAAUGUGGAAGAAGUGGAAGCUUUGAAUACCAAGGUCCUGAAGAAUUGUGCAAUGCUAGAUAAGAAUUUGCCAAAAAAUGACAUAAUUCCCAAGUUGAAGCUUGAAGCAGAAGACUUCAAGGAGAAAAUACCCGUAUUAACCUAUCUCCGCAAUCCAGCUUUGAAGAAUCGGCACUGGAUAAAAAUUGAACAAAUUUUGGAUAAAAGAGUCGCCGGGGAAGAAGAUAUUUUUUUGCACACUUUUGAAGAUGCAAACGCAUUCGAAAUAGAAAACGCCAAUGAGCUAAUGGAGGUUGCCAAUAUGGCCAGCGCUGAGGCAGGCUUAGAAACACUGCUUAGUAAGGUAGAAAAUGCGUGGAAGGAGUUGGAGUUGGCUGUGGUAAGUCACAGAGAUGCACGGGAUGUAUUUAUUCUCGCUGGUGUUGACGAGCUGCAAACCGUGUUGGACGAAUCCAGCAUUAAUAUUAGUACCAUAGCUGCUUCGAGGCAUGUUGGUCCCAUCAAACCGAAGGUAGACGAUUGGAGUACACAGUUGGACCUAUUUUCACGUACGUUAGAUGAAUGGAUGGUCUGUCAGCAGUCGUGGAUAUAUUUAGAGGCCAUCUUCUCAGCUCCAGACAUUCAACGUCAACUUCCUCAUGAGACGCAAAUGUUUCUUCAAGUUGAUAAGAGCUGGAAAGAUCUUAUGCGACGAACUCAAAAAUCUCCGUUGGCGUUGAGUGCCAUGACUGCUGAAGGGGUCUUGGAUCAACUUCAGAUUAACAAUAUUUUGUUGGACAAAGUAACUCGAUGUUUGGAAGCGUACCUCGAGGUGAAACGAAUGGCAUUCCCAAGAUUCUAUUUCCUUUCGAACGAUGAGUUACUGGAAAUUUUGGCGCAGACUAAAAAUCCCCAUGCGGUGCAGCCACAUUUGCGGAAGUGUUUUGAUGCAAUAUCAAGCAUAGAGUUUGGCAAGAAAAAAACUGAAACCGGCGAGUCUGUGAUGACUAACGACAUUGUAGCAAUGGUGUCCCCAGAAGGUGAAAGAUUAACAUUUGGAAUUGGUCUAAAAGCACGAGGAGCCGUUGAAGACUGGUUAUCAAAAGUUGAGGAAGCCAUGUUCUUAGCGGUAAAAAGAUAUAUGCGGCUGGGUUAUCGUUGCUAUCCAAUGAAGGAUAGAUCAUUUUGGAUGCAGGAACAUCCCAAUCAGGUGGUACUUACUGUUUCGCAACAGCAGUGGUGUGCGGAUGUGCAUUCCAUUCUCGAUGGAACUGGGAAUAUCUCAAGACAGAUGGAAAAUUUCAGGGAUAAACUGAUGAAAAAUUUAGCGAUAUCUGCGUCCAUUGCUCGUACAAACAUAUCGAAACUUGUUCGUAAAGUUUUGUGUGCACUGAUAACCAUCGAUGUUCAUGCUAUGGACACAAUUUGCCACAUGGUUGAUAAACAAAUUACAAAUUCAUCAGAUUUUGAAUGGCUGAAAAUGCUGCGAUACUACUGGAUCCCUGAAAAUGACACCGUUGAAACGAAGAUGGCUUCUGCCAAUUUACCCUAUUUCUAUGAGUAUUUAGGUGCCGGGGGCGUUUUGGUCAUUACACCUCUUACCGAUCGCUGCUAUCUGUGUCUGAUGGGGGCACUACAAAUGGACUUGGGUGGAGCUCCAGCAGGUCCAGCGGGCACAGGAAAAACGGAAACCACCAAAGAUCUUGCAAAAGCUCUGGCAAUACAGUGUGUAGUAUUCAACUGCUCGGAUGGUCUGGAUUAUAAAAUGAUGGGUCGAUUUUUCACUGGUCUUGCUCAGUCAGGAGCAUGGUGCUGCUUCGAUGAGUUCAAUCGAAUCGACAUUGAAGUGCUGUCAGUAAUUGCGCAGCAAUUAAUCACAAUCAGAAAUGCCAAAGCUAUGAAAAUGAAGCGAUUUCUUUUUGAGGGACGGGAAAUAAAGCUAAAACCCUCGUGUGCAGCUUUUAUCACAAUGAAUCCUGGUUAUGCAGGCAGAACAGAACUUCCAGAUAAUCUGAAAGCCCUGUUUCGACCAAUAUCAAUGAUGGUUCCCGAUUACGCACUGAUCGCGGAAGUUAUUUUGUACUCAGAAGGAUUUGAAGCCUCUAAAAUUCUGGCUAAGAAGAUGGUACAGAUGUACAAACUCUGCAGCGAACAGCUUAGUCAGCAAGAUCACUAUGACUUUGGAAUGCGGGCCGUAAAAAGUGUUUUGGUGAUGGCAGGUGCUCUGAAACGAGCUUCUCCCGACCAACCCGAGAACAUAACACUGAUUUGUGCUUUAAGAGAUUCAAACCUGCCCAAAUUUUUGGCAAAUGAUGCUAUACUUUUUAAUGGAAUUUUGGGAGAUUUGUUCCCGGGAGUAGAACUGCCCGAGCCAGAAAGAGGUAGUCUUCAGGGCGCUAUCGAAGCUUGUAUGGAGCAGAGCAAUUUGCAACGAGUACCGGAGUUAGUUCUAAAAACACUACAGUUAUAUGAAACGAUGGUUGUACGAUGGGGAGUCAUGUUGGUUGGACCUACUGGAAGCGGGAAAACCAGUGUGCUGCAUACGUUAGCAUGUGCACUGGAAAAAUUGUAUACUGACAUCGUGGAUGGCCCGUACUACAGACCGGUCAACGUUCAAACUUUGAAUCCGAAAGCAAUCACUAUGGAUGAGUUGUACGGUUUUGUAAACCUUGCCACAAUGGAAUGGAAAGAUGGAUUGCUAGGGCUCGCCAUACGAGCUGCGGUGAACGUUGUGGAAGAGGAACAUCAGUGGGUGGUCUGUGACGGACCGGUGGAUGCGGUCUGGAUAGAAAAUCUGAACACAGUGUUAGACGACAACAAAAUGCUUUGUUUGGCCAAUUCGGAACGCAUAAAACUCACAAGUUGGGUGCACAUGGUGUUUGAAGUGCAAGAUCUUGCACAGGCUUCACCUGCGACUGUAUCUCGCUGCGGCAUGGUGUAUCUGGAUCCGCUGCACUUGGGCUGGUCUCCAUUGAUAGUUUCAUGGUUGAACACCGUAAAGGAACAUCAUCUUGAUCUAGACCUUAAAGAGCAUAUUCAAAUACUUUUCAAUCGUUAUUAUGAUGACAUGAUCAAAUAUCUGAACAGAAAAUGUCGCUGGACCAUUCAUCAAGUGAACAUUAGUAAACUUACAAUGAUGACAAAACUAAUGUUACUGCUGUUGAUAGACACCCAAAACAUCAAUCUGAUGGAGCGGGGAGAUGCUAAAAAUUAUAUUUUCAAAAUAUUUACAUGGAGUGCAUUAUGGUCAUUUGCGGGAAACUUACUGGAUGAAUCGAAAACUGGAUUUGAAAAAUUUCUCCGAAGCCUUUUCGACCAGAACGAAACAACCCUAUUACCUGAUGGGUCUUUAUGGGAUUUUAGGAUCAACCCUGCUUCAAAAACAUGGGAAAAUUGGACCACUGUGCACUUAAAAUUUGAUUAUAAUCCUAACAUAGCGUACUUUGAUCUGCUGGUACCAACACUGGAUACUACGAAGUACGGAUUUGUUGCCGAAAUGCUAUUUAAAAAUCAAUACCCUGUACUUUUCACCGGAGAUACCGGUGUUGGGAAAUCAGUUCUAGCCAGAAACAUUUUAACCAAGCUCAUGAAGGAAAACGUGAUUCCCAUUUUUGUGAAUUUCUCAGCGCAAUCGGAAAGUGCCCGCACCCAGGAAAUCAUUGAAUCGAGACUUGAACGACGCAAAAAGACACUUCUAGGGGCUCCAAUUAACAAAAAGAUUAUAAUCUUCAUCGAUGACGUAAAUAUGCCCAAACUGGAUGUCUACGGAAGUCAGCCACCUAUUGAGUUACUACGUCAGUUCUUGGACUUCCGAGGAGUAUACGAUCGGGAAAAGAUGUAUUGGAAAAGUAUCGUCGAUGUUACUCUCGGUGCUGCAUGUGCUCCACCAGGCGGAGGUCGCAAUAUACUGACGCCACGGUUCAUUCGCCACUUUGCUCUCUUUUCACUCCCAACGCCAAACAGUGACACAAUGAAGACCAUUUUCAAGGCAAUUCUAACGGGAUUUUUGUCUGACUUCAGCAUGGCUAUACGGCCGCUGGCUGACCCCAUAAUAGAAGCUGCUGUUGCGGUUUACGAAAGAAUCUCAGAAGAAUUGUUACCUACGCCAAAGAAGUCGCAUUACGUUUUCAAUCUACGUGAUCUCUCUAAGUGCAUUCAAGGUGUUCUACAAGCAGAGCCAUCCUCCUAUGUUAAUCCAAUUCAAAUGCUACGUUUAUUUUACCAUGAAUCUUUAAGGAUAUUUUAUGAUCGUUUGAUUAGCGAACAUGACAAGUCGUACUUUACCCAGCUCUUGCAAGAUUGUUGCGAAAAAUAUUUUGAAACAACUGUCGUUCAUCAGGACGAAACAGUGUUGUUUGGGGAUUUCAUGAUAUUUGGACAAGCCUCCGACGACCGUGUAUAUGAAGAGAUCAAGGAUACGAAAAAACUGAAAAGCAUACUCGCAGACUAUUUAGAAGACUACAACUCACUGGGGAGCAAAGAAAUGAAUUUGGUAUUUUUCAUGGAUGCUAUCGAGCACAUCGUCCGCCUUGCACGACUUCUGCGGUCGGAGCGUGGAAAUGGUCUUCUGGUAGGUGUGUCCGGAAUGGGAAAACAAAGCUUAUCAAGACUGGCUGCACAUAUUAAUGGCCACCAGUGCCAUCAAAUCGCACUGCGUCGUGGAUACGACCACGCCUGUUUUCAUGAAGAUUUGAGGAAAAUUUACUGGAUUGCUGGCGUACUGAACAAACCCAUCGUAUUCCUUAUUACAGAUACACAGAUUGUGCGAGAGGAAUUUAUGGAAGAUAUAAACAAUAUUCUAAACUCCGGUGAGGUUCCUAAUUUGUUUGAAGGAGAUGAAUACGAAAGGAUCAUCCUCAACGCAAGACAGCCAUGUAUUGAGAGUGGUUUUGCUAAUACGACUCGAGAUGGAAUCUUUGAAUUUUUCAUAAAACGUGUCCGCGCAAACUUACACUUGAUAAUUUGCAUGAGUCCUGUUGGUGACACGUUUAGACGUCGUUGCAGAAUGUUCCCAUCGUUGGUUAAUUGUUGUACUAUUGAUUGGUUUGUGAAAUGGCCUGCCGAGGCGCUCUUAUCAGUUGCGGUGGGAUCCUUGAAAGAUGUGUCGGAAAAUGAAACUCAGUGCAAACAUCUCGCACAAAUUUGUGUCAUGAUGCAUGAGAGCGUUGAAACGAUUUCAGAGAGGUUUUUUAGGGAAAUGCGACGCUAUUACUAUACGACCCCAAGCAGCUAUCUGCAGCUGCUUAAUCAAUAUCGAGUAUUGGUAAACAAGAGGGUUGAAAUAAUCAUACAGAAAAAGGAUAGAAUUGCCAAUGGUUUGAGCAAAAUUCUCGAAACAAAUCUGGUGGUGGCCGAAAUGGGGGAGGAAUUGAAACAGUUUGUCCCCAUUCUGGAGGAGAAAUCAAGAAAUAUGAAAGAGUUGUUGGCCAAACUUGAUAAAGAUAAUACCAUUGCUGAGGGAGUUAAACGUAGUGUGGGUAAAGAUGAGGCAGAAGCCAAAAUGAAAGCGGCUGAAACACAGGAGAUUGCAGAUGAAGCCGCGAAAGACCUUGAGACCGUAAUGCCAACGUUGAAAGCGGCACAAGAUGCCCUCAAAGCAUUGAACAAGAAUGAUAUUAAUGAAUUGCGUGUAUUUCAAAAACCGCCUAGACUGGUGCAGUUUGUCAUGGAAGCUGUGCUCAUACUGUUGGGAUCAAAGACUGAUUGGAAUUCAGCGAAGGUGGUAAUGGCGGAUGUAAAUUUCUUGAAAAAACUUGAGGAAUAUGAUAAGGAACACAUCCCAGAAACAUUGUUAAAGAAGAUCAAGACAUACGUAGAUCAUAAAGAUUUCCAACCUCAAAUCAUUGAAAAAGUUUCCAAAGUGGCCAAGUCAAUGUGUCUCUGGGUGAUAGCAGUGGAAAGGUAUGCCAAAGUGUACAGACAGGUUGAACCGAAGAUUAAAAAACAAAAAGCAGCCGAAGAGGAGCUAAACCAAGUAAUGCAGCUGUUGAAAUCUAAGCAAAACGAACUCGCUGAAAUCGAGGCGAAAAUUCUCAUGUUGAUGUCCAACUUGGAUGAGAAAAGACGUGAGAUGAAGGUUUUGCAAGAUCACAACGAUCUUACCACUACCCGCUUGAACCGAGCUGGUCGACUAACAUCCGCCUUGGCAGAUGAGGAAAUCCGUUGGCGUGAUACGGUUCAGGAACUUACGGCUGAACAGUUUGCCGUUCCCGGUGAUGUACUAGUGGCUUCGGCAUACGUUGCUUACCUGGGAGCUUUUCCUAUGAGCUAUCGCCGUGAACUUUCCAUAAAGUGGGUGGAAGAAUGUCGUAAUUUGAAUAUACCCAGCAGCGCCAGUUUCGACCUAGUGAAAAUUUUGGGAGAUUCGUUCCAAAUCCGGCAGUGGAAUAUGUUCGGAUUACCUCGAGAUGAAAUUUCUAUAGAAAAUGCAAUCAUAUCAACACAAGGUGGUAGAUGGCCUUUGAUGAUUGACCCACAGGAACAAGCCAACCGCUGGGUACGUAACAUGGAAACUGGAAAUGAGCUUAGAAUAAUAAAGCUGACAGAUGCAAACAUGAUGCGCAUUUUGGAGAUUUGCAUUCGACAAGGAAUUCCAAUGCUAAUAGAAGAUAUACAGGAGACGCUGGAUCCUGUUCUGGAAUCUGUUUUGCUGAAACGCAUUUUCAUAUUAAAUGGAAGACCAAUGAUAAAACUGGGUGAUGUUGAUGUCGACUAUGACAGUAAUUUUAGAUUAUACAUGACGACAAAAUUAGCCAAUCCCCAUUUUUUGCCUGAAAUCUGCAUUCAAGUCUGCUUAGUUAACUUUUUGGUUUCACGAAGUGGAUUGGAAGACCAGCUGUUGGCUGAUAUUAUCAAAAUCGAACUUCCGGAAAUGGAGACUCAGCGUAGUAAUCUAAUUGUUCGAAUAAAUGCAGACAAGCAGCAGCUGUUGCUAUUGGAAGACAAGGUACUGAAAUUGCUGUACAGUUCCACGGGAAACAUUCUGGAUGACGAAGAGCUGGUAGAUGCAUUGAACGAGUCUAAAGAAACUUCGAUAAUCAUUGCUGAUCGGCUUAUCGAGACGGAAAAAACUGAAAAAGCGAUCGCCGCAACUAGGGAAAAAUAUCGAAUUCUGGCUUCGCGUGGUGCAGUUCUAUACUUUGUGGUUUCCUCGCUGGCAGAAAUCGAUACAAUGUAUCAAUUCAGUUUACGAUAUUUUUCGCACGUGUACUGUUCGGUUAUCGCUCGACCGCACGAGAAAAUGGAGCUUCCUGAGCGACUGAGCUGCUUACUGGAUGAUAUAACAUUUACCGUCUUUUCUAAUAUCUCUCGGGGACUUCUCGAGAAGCACAAAAUAAUCUAUGGAUUUUUGUUGGCUGUUGCGAUUUGCAAGGAGGACAACGAGUUUACUGAUGAUCAACUACACUUUAUUCUUAGAGGCCCCGCUAGUCGGAAUUAUUCACUUAUUGAUAAACCAGAAUAUGUGACCGAUAACCAAUGGUACAGUUGUAGAUAUUUGGAAGACAGUUUUACAAAAUUUUCGGGACUAUCUCGAGGUUUACGAGAGUUAAUUGAAAUUACAAUCCAGGACUUCACCGCGAAUCUCUCACCCGAAAGUAAAUCAAUGGAAUCGACGAUAGCUUGGAAUAGCAUUCUGUCUGUAUCGGAAAAGUUAAUGCUCAUUGCGGCACUAAAAGAAGAAAGCCUUGUAAUCGCCAUCACUGAAUUCAUUCGAUUUAAGCUGGGCAAACAAUACACAGAACCACCGAAAAACACAACAUUACCAUCGCUAUACGAGGACAUCUCCUCCACGACGCCUCUCGUGUUUGUCCUAUCUCCGGGAUCUGACCCAAUGACAGCUUUAAUCAAGUUUGCACAAGAAAAAGAGUUUGGCGAAAAAUUAUUUUCCAUUUCAUUAGGUCAAGGUCAAGGGCCUGCCGCAGAAGCACUAAUCGACAACGGCACAAAACAUGGCCACUGGGUAUUUCUUCAAAACUGUCAUUUGGCCACCUCUUGGAUGGAGUCGAUGGAAAAAAUUGUAACCAACAUAGCUAUGAGUUUGAAACCGGUUAACGCGUCGUUUCGUUUAUUUCUGUCCUCGAUGCCUGUAAAGACGUUUCCUGUGAGUGUACUUCAGAAUUCCGUCAAAGUUACCAAUGAGCCACCGAAAGGUCUGCGUGCGAAUGUGAUUCGCUCAUUAGAUGAUCUAGAUGCGGGAAGUUUUGAAUUACAUGUAUUAGGACAGUAUUGGAGAAACAUGGUAUUUGGACUGUGUAUGUUCCAUGGAAUAAUCCUGGAACGAAGAAAGUUUGGUCCACUAGGCUGGAAUAUAACUUAUGAAUUCAGCGAAAGUGACAGGGAAUGUGCAUUGCGAACAUUGGAUAUUUAUUGCGAGCGGGAAUUGAAAGCUCCCAUUCCUUGGGAUGCAUUAGAGUACAUAAACGGAGAAAUCACGUACGGUGGAAGAGUGACGGAUAGCUGGGAUCAAAGAUGUCUGAAAUCCAUUUUGAAAAUAUUUUCUUCAAGAAGAAUUCUUUCGGAUGACUACCAAUAUAGUGACAGUGGACUGUACUACUGUCCAAAAGGCCGUAGUUUGGAUGAGUAUAAGGCAUACGCAAAUGGAUUGCCCAUUCACGAUUCACCAGAAGUGUUUGGAAUGCACGAAAAUGCAAAUAUUAUUUUCAAUCGAAACGAAACGAUGUUCUUCAUUGAUACACUUUUGAACAGUACUAGUGGCGGGGAAGCCUUGAGCGAAGCUGCUUUGGCAGCAAUGGAUAAAUUGUGUUUGGAUAAGAUUCAGACUAUAAGAUCAGCAAUCGCCAAAAACAUAAACAGUGACAACCCCUACCCAGAUCUGAUGAAGCGCGAUAACAAAAAUCGUAUACCUUCGUUGACAACUGUACUGCUGCAAGAAAUUGAACGGUUUGAUAAAUUGUUACACGUAAUUCACAGCAGUUUGAAUGAUUUGGAAAAAGCUAUCCAGGGAUUCGUUGUUAUGUCAGAAAGUUUGGAAACCAUAUAUCGAGCAUUUACGAACAAUCAAGUUCCACAAUUGUGGCAUAGCAAAGGGUUUCUAUCUACCAAGUCACUGGGCAGUUGGAUUUUAGAUCUGCAACGACGUGUCGACUCUGUGCAAUCGUGGAUAGACGACGGGCUUCCAAUUUCAUCAUGGAUAUGCGGAUUGUUCUUUCCUCAAUCUUUCCUAACGGGUACACUACAAACCUACUCGAGGAAAAAUGACAUUCCCAUUGAUACGUUGCGCUUUGAUUUCGACAUAAUGAACUGUACCCUUAAUCAACAAGUCAUAUAUGAACGAAGAAUUCGAGGACAAAAAAGCAACUCCUUCUUCGAGGAUCUCAAAGUACCAGAUUACGGGAUUUUAGUGCAUGGUUUGUUUGUCGAAGCAGGUCGCUGGGACAUGAGAGAGGGAGGUUUAUGUGAUGCCAGAAUCGGGGAGCUUGUAUCACGACUUCCAGUGGUUUGGUUAAAACCCUGCAUAACACUGGAUGUUGGGUGUCGGUAUGAAGCACCAUUAUACAAAACCAGCAUACGAGCAGGAGUACUAUCGACUACCGGUCAUUCAACUAACUUUGUACUGGCUAUUUUGUUAGAAACACGCAAACCUCCUGACUAUUGGGUUUUGCGUGGAACCGCUCUGGUGACUCUCGUUAGCGACUAAGACUGAGAAGAGCAUCUAUGUUUGCUUCAACUUCCUUCACAGCUUUUUCCGCGUGUGUCGUGCUAGUAAUCACCUCAUGAACCAUAACUUUUUGAAUAGUCCUGAAAUAGAAUUAAAUAAACAUCUUCUCUUUUUUCGCA